AUGGCGCCCGUUGCCGUCUCGCCCAAGCCCGCCGCCGAGGAGCUGCCGGUGAACCCUGCCAAGCAGGCCGCGCUCGUCGCAAAGGGCACGCAGAUGGACCAGGUGUCGGACUACGUCGACGAGGUCAACGUCUACCGCGGCCAGCACCCGGACGCGCCGCAGCCCACGGGCGCCGAGGGCGUCGACGACGAGGCGUGGCGCACGGAAAAGUCCAAGUUUGACUCGGACAAGGACAAGGCCGACUUCCGCAACUACGAGGACGCCCUCGACCACGUCAAGGCCUUUUACAAGGAGCAGCACGAGAAGCAGACGGUGGCGUUCAACGUCGAGGCGCGCAACCGCUUCAUCAACCACCACCACGCCGACAUGACGGUGUGGGAGGCCAUCGAGAAGCUCGACACGCUCGUCGACGAGUCGGAUCCGGACACGUCGCUCUCGCAGAUCCAGCACCUGCUCCAGACGGCCGAGGCCAUGCGCCGCGACGGCAAGCCCGACUGGAUGCAGCUCACGGGCCUCAUCCACGACCUCGGCAAGCUCCUCUGCUUCUUUGGCGCCGACGGUCAGUGGGACGUCGUCGGCGACACGUUCGUCGUCGGCUGCAAGCCCGAGGGCACCGUCUACCCGCACACGUUUGUCAACAACCCAGACUUCCACGACGAGCGCUACAACACCAAGUUUGGCAUCUACCAGCCCAACUGCGGCCUCAAGAACGUCAUGCUCAGCUGGGGACACGACGAGUACCUCUACGAGAUCGCCAAGCGCGACUCGACGCUGCCCGACGCCGCGCUCGACAUGAUCCGCUACCACAGCUUCUACCCCUGGCACCGCGAGGGCGCCUACCGCCACCUCUGCAACGACGAAGACGAGCGCGCCCUCCAGAACGUCCUCGCCUUUAACCCCUACGACCUCUACUCCAAGAGCGACUCGCCCCCGGACCCCGUCGCCCUCCGCCCCUACUACGAGGGCCUCAUCGACAAGUACUUUGGCAGCCGCGACAGGAAGAUCCAGUGGUAG